AUAGUUUUCUGGAUAACUGACGCGAGAUUAUUAUAAGUAAUAAAUGUUUUCACUACGUUAAAAUUAUUUCGGUAUUUGGAAUCCGUUAAAUAUUACUUUAGAAAGUACCACUAACACUCUAACGUUGGUAACACUCGCAAUUUUCUUGUGCGAGCGCGUUUUGUUCUGUCUGCUACCGGCCGCCAUACUCAAACAAAAAGAUUGAGAUGAAAAGAUAAAUUUACUUAUAUCGCAACUGGUUAAAAGUGUUGUAAUUUGCUAAAUGAGUUCUAAAUCAGAUGUAAAUAGGAGGGUUCUCGCCAUUCAGGCGAAAAAGAAACGUCAUAAAUUAGGCAAAAAGAAAAACCGUGAGGAGGAGCACGGCGCUGGUGUACAAGGAAACGGGCUGCGCAAUCAAACUCAGAAUCGUCUCGAACCGACACAUAGUUCUUCCAAUGAAACUAUCGAAGAAGAUGACGACGAGCAGUACGCAAGUGAUGAUGAGGAACAGGAGGACAGUGCAGACUAUUGCAAGGGUGGUUAUCAUCCUGUCAAAAUCGGAGACUUAUUCCUUAACCGAUACCACGUCACGCGAAAGCUAGGAUGGGGUCAUUUUUCUACUGUGUGGCUGUGUUGGGAUCUCGUGGAUAAGCGGUUCGUCGCCUUAAAAGUGGUAAAAUCCGCACCGCAUUUUACCGAGACUGCCCUAGAUGAAAUUAAAAUACUUAAAGCUGUCCGAGACAGUGACCCUUCUGAUCCCAAAAGGAAUAAAACUGUUCAAUUACUAAAUGAUUUUAAAAUUACUGGUGUAAAUGGUACACAUGUGUGUAUGGUGUUUGAAGUUCUAGGUCAUCACCUUUUAAAGUUGAUUUUGAAGUCUAAUUAUCGAGGUAUACCUCGAGAAAAUGUAAAAACCAUUAUACAUCAAGUUUUAGAAGGCUUAGAUUAUCUUCAUACUAAAUGUAAGAUAAUUCACACCGAUAUAAAGCCUGAAAAUGUUUUAGUUUGUGUUGACGAAACAUACAUACGAAAGUUAGCAGCAGAAGCUACUGAGUUACAUUCCUUGGGUCUCAGAUUACCUCAUUCUCUGAUUAGUACGGCACCAAAGGAAUUUCAAGAGCAAGUUGUUACAGGUAAAAUGAGUAGGAAUAAAAAGAAAAAGUUAAAGAAAAAAGCAAAAAGGCAAUCAAUGCUAUUAAAGAAGCAAAUGGAACAAAUAGAAGAGAUUGAGGAGCAAAAGAAAGGUUCAAAUAAUAGUGAGUCUGCUCCAAUGUCUCAGGACAUUGACGAUUCACCACAAACAUUCGAGGAUGUUAGUGUUCUUGAGAAUAGAUCUGAAAAUGAGUCCACUGUUAAUGGUUGUAAUGAUCUACAAAGAGCAGAUGAAGAAGCAUUCGACACUGAUGCUGAAGCAGUUCAGGUAAGAAGCAAACAGUAUGGAUGUGGUGAUGAUGCAGGUACACCAAUGUCAGAAGGUGAAUUGACUGAUACCCCUCCGUCUUUUAAUAUUCCAAACAAGGAGUCUGAUGAUAAAAGACCAGAUCCAGCCUUUGAUAUUUGUGAUGUUGAAGUAAAAAUUGCUGAUCUAGGUAAUGCUUGUUGGGUUCACCGACAUUUUACAGAAGACAUUCAAACUAGGCAGUACCGUUCUUUAGAAGUCCUUUUAAGUGCUGGCUAUGGAACAUCUGCUGACAUUUGGAGUACAGCUUGCAUGGCAUUUGAAUUAGCAACGGGAGACUACUUAUUUGAACCCCACUCUGGAGAAGGUUAUAGUCGUGAUGAAGAUCAUCUAGCUCACAUAAUAGAGCUUUUAGGAGAUAUCCCUAAACGAAUUGCAGCUUCUGGAAAAUACUCAAAGAUAUUCUUCAACAAAAAAGGAGAGUUGAGAAAUAUAACAGGCUUGAAGCCAUGGGGAUUAGUCUCUGUAUUAACAGAAAAGUAUGAAUGGAGUCAGAAUGACGCUGAGGAGUUUGCAGAUUUUUUGAAACCUAUGUUAGACUUUGAUCCUAAUCGGCGGGCUACUGCCUAUGAAUGUCUUCAACACCCUUGGUUGAAGACAACCCCACAGGAACAAAAUGAAUCUGAGGAUAAUUGAGCUGCUCUCUCUUGGAUGUAUGAAUAAUUUUAGUAUUCAUGAAAUCAGUAGUGACACACUUAGUAUUUAAAUGUUUCUGUUCUAAUCAAAAGUUUAUUUAUAAAUCCGUCUGUGAAUGGUUUUGUUUGUACUUGUAUUGUUAGCUGUCCUUGAUUCCAUAAAAUAAUGUACAAUAUAAAUGCUGAUAAAGAGAUUAAUAUUAGUAGCACUGUAUAUAAUACCUGCUGCUCAAAUAUAGUGCAUUAUACAAGAUGAGCAUUAUUGGCAUUCAGAUAACACCAAUAAAUAAUUGUACAGAUAGCUGUAGUAAAAAUUGUGAUGUAUGAUGAUAGACAAUAUAGGUAUUAUCGCAUUAACCUUUAGUAAAUUAUUAGUUGAUUUAGUAAUGCACUAAAGUCACCUGUAUUGUGAGAAUGUCUAAUGUCAUGCAUGUAUACUGUAGCCAUUUGGAUAGAUAUUUCACAUAGUUUAAGUUUGUCUUAAUCACUAUCACAAAAAUCUCAUACUAUGUUUUAGAGAAUAAGGCAUUAUUAGUAAUACCACAAUUCCGAGACUGCCUUUUUUAUAUUUGAAUGACACAAGUUGCUUAAACAAAUUUACAAUGUUUGGAGAUGAGAGGCAGCGUGAUACAGUGACCUUAACCAGUUGAUAUAUUAUUUAACAUAGAACCCAGUUUACAUGACCAUAAUUUGUAUUAAUUAUAUCUGCAAAUUUACAUGAAUAAAAUUGUAAAAC